CAGUGACGUCAUCGUCCGCUCCUCCGGAUGUGAGUGGAGCUGCUCUGCUAACAGCUAACAGCUAACAGCGGAGACUCGGAGGAUUGACCCGGGUUUGAUGGAGAACAGGGCCGGACAGAGGCUCACCACGGUCCGCAGAGAAUCCUGAGCCGGUUCCCUGGUUCCUCUGGUUCCUCUGGUUCCUCUGGUGGAACCUCCGCUGACUCAUUCAACACGGUUUUUGUCGGGCUGCUGAGACGAGCACGGCGCCAUGAGCGGGGCCGCUCUGGGCAUCGAGAUCGUGGUGGUGUUUUUCCUGGCGCUGUUCCUGCUGCAUCGAUAUGGAGACUUCAGGAAGCAGCAGCGCAUGGUGCUGUUCGGCACACUGCUCGCCUGGUACCUGUGUUUCCUCAUCGUCUUCAUCUUACCUCUGGACGUCAGCACGACCAUCUAUAAGCAGUGUAAGAUCGACCACGAGGAGCACGCGACGGUUCCCACUGUCAAUCCUCCAUCGUCCAAUCACACAACAACUAACUCCUCUGUCGCUCCCACUAAGAGUUCACCAAAGUCGUGCUACAAACCGUGGAGCUACAUCCCCGACGGCAUCAUGCCCGUGUUCUGGAGAGUUGUGUACUGGACGUCUCAGUGUCUCACCUGGCUGCUGCUCCCCUUCAUGCAGUCAUACGCUCGCUCAGGAGGUUUCUCCAUCACUGGGAAAAUUAAAACGGCUCUGAUAGAAAACGCCAUUUAUUACGGAACGUACCUGCUGAUCUUUGGUUCUCUGCUCAUCUACGUGGCGGUUCAUCCUAACUGGCAUCUGUCCUGGUACGAGCUCCAGACCAUCGGGAUCACUGCAGCCAACACCUGGGGUCUGUUCCUGCUCGUUCUGCUGCUCGGAUACGGCCUGGUGGAAAUCCCUCGCUCGUACUGGAACGCCUCGCGACACGGACACCUGCUCAUCAAGACGUACUUCAAGGCGUCCAAACUGAUGACGGAGAAGGCGGAUGCAGAGGAGAACCUGGAGGACGUCAUGGAGGAAGUGAGAAAAGUCAGCGAGUCCAUCAAAUACAAUCAUCCACUGAGGAAGUUCAUCGACACCAUUCUGAGAAAGUGUCCCGUUGAUUACCAGGAGAAGAUGGGCCGGAACAUGGACGACUACGAGGACUUUGAUGACAAACAGAACACGUAUCCCAGUGAGAGGAGUCUGGUGAAGCUUCAUAAACAGGUGAUCUAUGCGGUGCAGAGACACAACAGGACUCGUGUUCAGUGGCAGAUCCUCCUGCAGCAGGCCAUCCACCUGGAGGACGUGGCCAAGAAUGAGACCAGCUCCAGUCACCAGUUCAUCCACAGCUUCCCGUCGUCGGGACCCGUCAGCUGGUUCAACAGAUACGUCUACACCCCGACUGCAGAGUGGUACUGGGAGUGUCUCCUGAAGUGUUGGUUCUAUCGGCUGCUGUCCGUGAUGCUGACUCUGUUCAGCGUGGCCGUUGUCUGGUCAGAAUGCACCUUCUUCAGCACGCGGCCCGUCCUCUCUCUGUUUGCUGUGUUCAUCCAGCUGGCCGAGCGAGACUACAACUACCUGUACAUUGAGAUGGCGUGCUUCAUCACCAUCUUCUUCCUGUGCACCUGCGUCUACUCCACCGUGUUCCGCAUCCGGGUCUUUAACUACUACUACCUGGCCUCCCAUCACCAGACGGACGCUUACAGCCUCCAGUUCAGUGGCAUGUUGUUCUGUCGUCUAACUCCUCCACUGUGUCUCAACUUCCUGGGUUUAAUCCACAUGGACUCUGCCAUCUCCCACCAGAAGAAGGAGCAGACAGCCUACACCUCAAUCAUGGGAUCAAUGCGUGUUCUCUCCUUUAUCGCUAACGGCUUCUAUAUCUACUACCCCAUGUUGAUCGUCAUCCUCUGCAUCGCAACUUACUUCAGUUUGGGAACCCGCUGUCUGAAUCUUCUGGGCUUCCAGCAGUUUCUGGGCGACAGUGAAAUGACCUCUGACCUCAUCGAUGAGGGGAAGGAGCUGAUCCGACGAGAGAAAAGGAAGCGGCAGAGGGUUGAAGAUGGAGAGAACAGACGCAGAGAGUGGAAGGAGCGUUACGGAAACCCGAGGGAGGACGUGGCUGCGAGGAACCGGAGCAGCCACGAGAUGAAGGAGACCAGUUACUCCGACACUGUGAACUCCAGCAGCAACAGACAGGCUAAAUACUCUCGCUCUGGGAGUCGAGCCGAGCGAGACCACAUCGAGCUGCUGCAGGACGCCGAACCUUUAGACUUCAGCGCUGAGACUCUGACAGACGACCCUCUGGACGCUGAGUCUGGAAGACACGCAGGAGGACGGUAUCUGUCCAUGUCGUCGUCCCGCAGCCGGAUAUUUGACGACGUCUAACGGGGAGGAGAAAUGUGAAGACGUGAACAUCAACGUCGCUGUCUCCACGUCCACCUGCAGGAAGUGAAUGUACCACACCUCCUCCACGUCCUCGUCUCCCAGCAUGCACGGCAACUAAAGACACAGGUCACGUGUCCCUGAAGCUCCGUCACCUGAACACUUCACUUUGCACCAGUUUUCAUGUCCGGCUCCGCCGCAGGUCGAUGACGACUCUUCUGAAGGAAUGUGAAUGUUAAUAAAUCCUCGCUGCCGGAUCCUCA